UGAAAAACUAGUCGUUUGUCGAUUGAGCUUCUACAUAUUAAGAUCGUUAGAUCCAUAGAUGUGGCAUUUUGAUUUGAUUUUACAGUUUAAGCAAAACGCCACUGCAUUUAAUUUUUCUUCGGGUUAAUAUUUUUUUCACUACCGACAGAGGGACUUAACACCUGUGGUGUGUCCGCGCAGGUAAUACCGCGGAAAGUGAGAUUUUUAACAUAUUUAAGUGCGGUACAGUUAAAAACAACGCUGUAGCAUCUUCUGGAUUUUGUGGCUUUUGGCUAGCAGCUACCAAACUGUUAUGGCAGCUACUAGUGUUGUCGUAUUAGAUCGAGGAAACAACACUACUUGUACUAUCAAUUUACACGGUGCCACUGUCGUUUCGUGGAGGGUUAAUAAUCAAGAACAGUUAUUUGUCAGUAAACAAGCAGUGUUUGAUGGAAAGAAGGCUAUUAGGGGUGGAAUUCCUUUUAUAUUUCCACAAUUUGGACAAUGGAGUUUUGGUCCACAACAUGGAUUUGCACGAAUUGUUAGAUGGAAUUUAGAAAAAGCUCCUGAAAGAUUACCUAGUGGCGAUGUAGAAGCUGUUUUUUCAAUAAUGGACACAGAUUUUACACGAUCCAUGUGGAAUUAUACAUUUAGACUAACAUACAGACUUAUACUUCGUGAAAAAGAAUUACACUUCAAUAUUGCUGUAUAUAACCCAAGUAAAGAGUUGACAUUCAGUUUUAAUAUGUUGUUACAUACAUAUUUCAAAGUUCCUGAUGUUCGACGUUGUCAAAUCACUGGACUGCAAGGAUGUACUUUCAUGGAUAAAACUAGAGAAGGUGCUAUAUAUCAAGAGACUAGAGAUGUGGUGACCAUUGGUGAAUGGACUGACAGAAUCUAUCAAAAUACUCCUCAAGAACAUAUAAUAACCAACGUAGUUUCUGGGCGCAAAAUGAGGAUUCAAAAAUACAACUUCCCAGAUACAGUAAUCUGGAAUCCAUGGGUAGAUCAAGCAAAAGACCUGGGAGAUUUUGGUGAUGAUGAAUAUCCAAAUAUGGUUUGUGUAGAAGCUGGACAUGUGUCAAGUCCAGUCAUUUUACUGCCAGGUACUGCUUUUGAAGCUAGCCAAAUCUUGCAGGUUAUGUGA